AUGGACCGCGGACGAACGAAGACGGCAGUGGAUAAGUUUAGGGCGUAUAUCGAUUAUUGCAAACUUUCCGAAGAUCCCGGACCAUGCCGCGUGUUCUUCCGACGUUACCGAUACGAUUCAGACCAGCAAAAGUGCGUGGAAUUCACUUACGGCGGAUGUCGUGGGAACCGCAACAAUUUCAGGUCAGUGUCGGAUUGCCAAAAAGAAUGCGCAGGAAACUAA